AUGACUGGCCCGUGUAUCAAUGCCGCCGCUGCCACUGGUUUCGGUUGCUACAGCGGAGCGCAAGUGCACCUUCCACCCUUGCAGCCGGACUCGGCUCUUGUCUCCAGUAAGGCGCCACCACUAAGCCCCUUGGGAGAAGAACUGAAGACUCGACGUGUGUUCCUGCGGCGCACCGAGUGCGAAAGCUGCUCCCUGCGCGACCUGUUCUGGGGCAACGUGGUGGCCGUUCUCUCGCGACACCUGCGCAUCCUGGGUUACGCCGACGCCCAGACUGCCGCAUUUCUCGCACCUAAGCACGAACGUGCCGUGCUCGUGGUGAAACCAGCUAAUCUGAGGAGGCUGGGAGACGUCUGGGCGGCUGUCGAAGCCGCGGGCGCCACGGUCUGCAAGGCUGUCAUGCUCCGGUUGGCUCCGCAAGACGCGAAGCUGCUGAGCGCAAACCCACUGGAAGCAUUCGACGAAGGUCUCCUAAGUGGCCCCGUUGUCUGCCUCCAAGUUCUGGGAGAGAGGGUUCUCGCGAGGCUCAGGAGUCAGCCGGUGAAGAGAGGAAGCGAGGAACUAGGCGAGCAAGCGGGCACACUGUCAAGUCUAUGCUGGAUAUCGAAGGACAAGCCGUCAGCUGAGAAGGAAUCCGCGUUGCUUUUCGGAACCCAAUUCGAGCGCCACUGCAACACAGCAAUUUUUGAAAACACGACCUGCUGCGUCGUCAAGCCACACUUGUUCAGAGAUGGGAACGUCAGCACUGCGCUGCGCAAAAUACUGACUUCAGACUUUGAAGUUACAGCGCUACAGAUGUUUCACCUUGAUUGCGCAAAGGCCGAAGAGUUUCUCUUGGUGUACAAAGGUGUCGCUCCACACUACACCACCAUGGUGCAACAGCUGUGCAGUGGUCCAUGUCUCGCCAUGGAAAUCAGAAGCUUGUCGAAUCCCGAAAACUCAGCUCUCAACUUCAAGGAGCUGGUUGGGCCAGCAGACCCUACUCUCGCGAGGAGGUUGUAUCCGGAUUCCCUGCGAGCCGCAGUGGGGAAAGACGCACACAGGAACGGCGUGCAUUGCACGGACGUACCCGAGGAUUCCGGGAUCGAGGUGGAGUUUUUCUUCCAUGCUGGAAAAACUUGA